UCCUCCGUGUCUCAUUCCACCACGGUCAAGCCUGCCGGCAGAGUUCCUGUUCUACAGCUUCACUUUAAUCAUUUCAUUUGGAAACUUAAAAACGGAAUUUAUAUUUAUAACAACCAUCGUUUUAUUUAUUUAAAGAAACGCUAUCGUCUACGCUAACUUCACAGGUAAACCGUUGGAUCAAGGUCGUAAUUUUGUACAGAAAAAGGAAUUUCACGUAACAGCAUUUAGCCGGGUCGUGCUAACAAAAGAAAAUCCUUUCUCUUCAGAAAUAAUCCCCAUUACUCUCUUUAGUUAUGAGUCAUGUGGUCGUUGAUAAUCCACACGGUCUAGAUCAGCAGCUUGCUGCCCUAGACUUGAACUCUGCUGACGGACAAGGCGGAGGAACUGGCAGGCGUUACAUUCCACCUCACUUGAGAAACAAAGAUGCACCUAAAAACGCAGGAAAUGCUUAUUCCGCUGGUAGACAGUACGGUUAUUCAGUGGCACCAGUAAAUCUGUGUUACCCAAGAUUGGCCUCUCAGGAGUUUGCCUUUUACCAGGCCUACAGUGGGGGUCAGCAAAACAGAUGUGAUACGCCUGGAUGGGACGGCGGAAGCGGCAAUGGAUUUGUGAAUGGUUACCACGACAAUCGCACAAAUGGGGGCUUUGGAGGGCGGGGACCCCCUCGCAAUGAUAGAGGUGGGCGUGGCGCCUACCGUGGUAACAGGGGUGGAGGCCCGUUUACUCAACCAUUGCAAAAUGCAGGAUUUAGCGGAGAUGGAAACUGGGCAGGAGCUCCGAGGGAUGCUGCCUACAACAGCUUCGGUGGACGUUCCAACGACAGGUCCAAGUCUACCUUCUUCAAUGAACGUGGUGGAGGCGGAAGGGGAAGAUAUGAGCGCGGUGGCUUUUCUGGUGGUGGAAGCAGCCGGUGGGGAGACGAGUCCAAUGACGACUGGUCCAAGCCCACUGCUGUCAACGAGCGCCAGGAAGCAGAGCUUUUUGCUGCAAGCAACACUGGAAUAAACUUUGAGAAAUAUGACGAUAUUCCCGUGGAGGCAACCGGAAGCAACUGCCCUCCCCACAUUGACAGCUUUCACGAUGUGGACAUGGGCGAGAUCAUCAUGGGGAACAUCAACCUGACCCGCUACACCUGUCCCACCCCAGUUCAGAAGCAUGCGAUCCCCAUCAUCAAGUCCAAGAGAGACUUGAUGGCUUGCGCCCAGACUGGGUCCGGAAAGACUGCUGCUUUCUUGCUGCCAGUGCUUAGUCAAAUUUACAGCGACGGGCCAGGAGAGCAGGCUGCUAAGAACAAUGGACAGGAUAGUGGAAGGUAUGGCCGCCGUAAGCAGUACCCACUCUCCCUUGUUCUGGCUCCCACCAGAGAGCUGGCCUUGCAGAUCUACGAUGAGGCGAGAAAGUUUGCCUAUCGCUCACGUGUGCGCCCCUGCGUGGUGUAUGGCGGUGCUGAUAUUGGCCAGCAGAUCAGGGAGCUGGAGAGAGGCUGUCACCUGCUGGUGGCCACGCCUGGACGUCUGGUUGACAUGAUGGAGAGGGGCAAGAUCGGUCUGGACUAUUGCAACUUCUUGAUCCUGGAUGAGGCCGACCGCAUGUUGGACAUGGGUUUUGAGCCACAGAUCAGACGCAUCGUGGAGCAGGAUACGAUGCCACCUAAAGGCGUCCGCCAGACCAUGAUGUUCAGUGCCACCUUCCCCAAGGAGAUUCAGAUCCUCGCUCGGGACUUCCUGGAGGACUACAUUUUCCUGGCGGUGGGUCGUGUUGGUUCCACUUCAGAAAACAUCACCCAGAAGGUGGUUUGGGUCGAAGAGACAGACAAGAGGUCCUUCCUCCUUGAUCUGCUCAAUGCCACAGUUAUUCCCAGUGAUGUUCCGGAAAGUGUGCCGGACCCCGACAAACCCGUCAAAGAGUCGUUGACUCUGGUGUUUGUGGAAACCAAGAAAGGAGCCGAUGCCCUGGAGGACUUCCUCUACCACGAGGGUUACUCCUGCACCAGCAUCCAUGGAGACCGGUCCCAGAGAGACCGAGAGGAGGCUCUGAAUCAGUUCCGGUCCGGACGCUGCCCCAUCUUGGUGGCUACAGCUGUGGCUGCCAGAGGUCUGGACAUCAGCAAUGUGAAGCAUGUCAUUAACUUUGACCUGCCCAGUGACAUUGAGGAAUACGUUCACCGUAUUGGCCGUACGGGACGUGUGGGCAACCUUGGUCUGGCCACGUCGUUCUUUAACGACAAAAACAGCAACAUAACCAAAGAUUUGCUGGACAUUUUGGUGGAGGCCCACCAGGAGGUGCCCUCCUGGCUUGAGAGCCUGGCCUACGAGCACCAGCACAAGACCACCACCCGGGGUGGACGCUCCAAGAGGUUCUCUGGCGGUUUCGGAGCUAGAGACUACCGUCAGACGUCUGGUGGCCCCGGAAACUUCCCUAGCAACCGUGGUGGUGGGCGUGGCGGCGCUGGAGGAAAUCGUGGCUUUGGCGGCGGAGGUGGUGGCUUUGGUGGUGGAGGCGGCGGCAACUUCUACAACAACGACGGCUACGGAGGCAAUUACAGCCACUCUGGUAGUGUGGAUUGGUGGGGCAACUAGCCGCCAUAGGAAACAGGUUGCAAGCCAACCCAAGGGAAACCACAUGUUAACUUAAAGCCAGACCAUAACAACAAACCCUCCCUGUGUAGCUUCACUGACACACAGUACAUUACCAACCCUGGUUCUCUGCCAUUAUGCUUCUCUCAAAAAGGAAGUGCACAGCACGAGGCAAAGGAAAAGUCCACCAGCACGUUUGAUGCACCGGAGAACGCAGAGAUUCGCACACCUCAGAGUGAGCAUGGAUGCUGACAUGCAUUGUCCGAUAGCAACUUCGGGCUUUCAUUGUUAAAAGUAUUUUUGUUCUUUUUGUGGAAAAAAAAAAACCCCAGAAACAAACAAAACGAAACAAUCGAAUAACCUGAGGAUCAUUUGUAUGUUAAUGUACUGUGCCUUUUGGAAUUUAGACAGGAACUCUAUGUUUUCAUUUCACCAGAUGAACAUGGCCAAGAGCUCUAAAUUUGAUUUUACUAUAUUGUUUGGUGAAAAAAAAUAUUAGAAAGGUUAAUAUAAGCUUGGAUUUAAUCAAACCUUGGCAAACACUCUGAGGUAUUGUGGCGCUGAGUCAUGAUUCCAUUUGAACUUCAAAUUUAUUGUAGGAACAUCAUGUAGCCUUUUCUAUAGUCAAACAGCUAAUGGAGCCUUUACUACGGCUAACUCAAACUGGGCCGCUCUGUGAGGCAACCGUAUUUUAAUCCUAAGGGACAAAGUUACAUUUUGUUUUUCUGUUUCUUUUUUUGCUCACUCUAUCCUGGACAGGCUCCUUUUUAUGGAUAUGAUAGUCUUUGAAAUAGCCAUUCCUAUUGUAAUCUUAAGAAACACAUAAGUCAUUAAGCUCAGUGCCAACGAUCGCUGAGGUUUCAACAAGAAUAAUCACUGCUGGAACUUGUUACUCCACACUUUUAAAUUGACUUGACAGUGUUACGGCAGCUAGUACGCUACCAAGUGCUAGCUACGUUAAAGUGGGCGGUGUUUUUUGUUUAUUUUUACGUGAGACAUUUUUGGUGCAGGUGUGUGCAAAAUUGAAAAACUGGAGUCAGUUUUUUGAUUUUUGAAUUGUUUCUCUACAAACAUGUAUCAAAACAAAAAAUGCCUGCCAUCUUGAAAGUGAAGUUCAAAAUGGCUGCAUAAAGCAAUCGGGAGGGCAUAGCGUGGUGUUAGUGUUUACUGAAUCGACCGGCAACCACGAGGCCCAGAUGGUAUUCUACGCUUGCAAGUGUUUUGUUUUUUGGUCAAGGAGGAAAGACACGUGAACUGAGUCGCAGGCUUAACUUAAUUACAAACGUUUUCUCUUUUCAAGCUGCGUUGGAGGCAUGGUUCAUCUUAAAGAGACAGGGUUCAUCUUAAAGAGACAGGCAUUUGAGUGAUCACUGAGGUUUAUCGAUUAAACAGCGAAGGAGACGGCGGGUUAGAGCAGCACUUCGACCACUGGGGGUAGGC